AUGCUGGUAUUGAAGCACUCCAAAAUAUACUUGAACUCAGAUGCUACAGACCAGGAAUCAGAAGAGGAAGAUUAUAUUGAGAGCUUGCGCUCCGAGUGGGAAGCUAGGUAUUCAAACUUAACAGAGCAACAUAAAUGGAUUCUGGCUAGUGGUCGUCGAGUUGAGAAUAUUAUUUAUGAGGCUUCAAAGGAAUUAGACAUGGAAAUGUUUGCUUUUACUCCAGCUGCUGGAUUUAUUCUAGAUAUUUCAGAUCCUCAAGUUGAGGGCUGGUUUAGUAAAGAUGAAUGGCAAGAGAUAAUGUCAAGAUUUUCUCCUCUUCCACAAAUCAAUCCUAGGCUAUCUGAGGCAUUAAACAAAUUCCUUCCAGUUAAGACAACAACAAUGCUUCAUAAUAUCUUGGGACCAGGUCUGAUUCCGGAUAGUAUUAGCAGUAACCAAACUAUUUCUGCUACCUUACAAUGGGUUGAGAUGGUUAUUCAUAAAUUGUAUAUAUUUCCUCCCUAUAUUUUGUUUUCUAUAGUAUUUUUAUUCAAAUUAUUUCUGCAAUAGGCCCAUAAGCUAAUAUAAUAUGAGAUUAUAAAAUAGUAUAAUACUCUUUGAAGCAUCUGAUGAGCCACUAAAAAAACAACAUCUUGAUCAUUGGUACAGAGACAAUAUUUGGUUUGAUAUCCUUGAUAGUGGUCUUCAAGACAUUCAGGGAAUAACAGUACAACGAAGAGAACUUGAAGUCAAAACUCACACAUCCAGAUCAGACCUUUGGAAGGAUAUUGAUGGAGUUAUCUGUACCUUGGAAGACCCCAUAUUUGACUAUGGUAUAA